UUCGAGGCAAAGACCUAUUCACGCGAUUAAUUCAUGGCCAAAUUUAGGUCCCUCGAGUCGUUCUAAAAAGGAGAAGCGCCCCCUCUCCGCUCGCUCACUCUGCGUCGUCUCGACCGCCUUACAAGUCGCCCUCUUCCUUCGCCUUUCAAUGACCCUGAGCUUGCUGAGCUUGACUUGGUAGCGCGCUGACUAUUAAUACCUGAUACCUGAAAGCCUGAAAGCCUGGAAAGCCUACAAAACUUUGGUCAACUGAGGUGAGUGCACCCAUUCCGAGCUCUUCCAAAUCCCAUCCUUCAGUGUUCUAAUCGGCUGCUUCCUCCCAACAGCACCUCGAAUGGAUUCCAGAACCAAGAAGCGUGACGACACGCCCAUGGACCCCGCUGCCCGCAAUGACAACGCCACCUGGAGCUUCGUGCAGAUGAACAUGACGUUGCUCCCCAUUGCGCGUCCACUGCCGGUCAGUGUCGGCCACAAGUUCCAUGAAGGAGCCGCAUUGGCAGGCGUCAAACCCUGUACCCCCACUCAGAAAUUACACCAUCGAUUACGCCAAAAGACAAGCAAUAUCAGUCCGAGACGACACGAUGUAGACUACAACAAUUCAUGGAGUGACAGUGAGUAUGCCAGUGACCCGGCGAAACGAACACCAUCGGGUUACAGCCCACUACACCGGAGCUCCAGCUUAUCCUCGGGCUGUGCGGCCAGGGGAGUGUACAAGGGUAAAAAGAUUCUGGAGCUACAGGACGAAGAUCGCCGACUCCACCCGGAUGAUCGUGUCACGGCCCCCUCGCCGUCCAAGCGGGGCAAACACCAGCCCUAA